GUUUCAUACGCGGCGAGAGGGAAUGCUGGGAACUGUAGUUGACGUUUGGCCCUGGCCGCUCCCGGCCGUGCUUGACUCGCCUCAGCCUCGACCUGGGCCAUGGAGGCCGCGCCUAACUCGGACGGCCGCUCCAAGGUGGCGCCCAGCGUGGAUUUCGACCACAGCUGCUCGGACAGCGUCGAGUACUUGACUCUGAACUUCGGGCCUUUCGAGACGGUGCACCGGUGGCGCCGCCUCCCGCCCUGCGACGAGUUCGUCGGGGCUCGCCGCAGCAAACAUACCGUGGUCGCUUACCGAGAUGCUAUCUACGUGUUUGGCGGAGAUAAUGGAAAAACCAUGUUGAAUGACCUGUUGAGAUUUGAUGUGAAAGACUGCUCUUGGUGCAGGGCUUUUACCACAGGGACCCCACCAGCUCCCAGGUAUCACCACUCAGCAGUAGUCUAUGGAAGUAGUAUGUUUGUAUUUGGUGGAUAUACUGGAGAUAUCUAUUCCAAUUCCAAUUUGAAGAAUAAAAAUGAUCUUUUUGAAUAUAAACUUGCAACAGGCCAGUGGACUGAGUGGAAGAUUGAAGGACGAUUGCCUGUUGCCCGCUCAGCUCAUGGUGCAACUGUCUAUAGUGAUAAACUGUGGAUCUUUGCAGGAUAUGAUGGGAAUGCACGAUUAAAUGACAUGUGGACCAUUAGUUUACAAGACAGAGAUUUAACUUGUUGGGAAGAGAUUAAACAAACUGGAGAGAUUCCUCCUUCAUGCUGCAAUUUCCCUGUGGCUGUUUGCAAAGAGAAAAUGUUUGUCUUUUCUGGCCAAAGUGGAGCAAAGAUAACCAACAAUCUUUUUCAGUUUGAAUUCAAGGAACAAAUCUGGACACGAAUUCCUACUGAGCACUUGCUACGGGGCUCUCCUCCUCCCCCCCAACGGAGAUAUGGCCACACAAUGGUUGCCUUCGAUCGUCAUCUCUAUGUGUUUGGUGGUGCUGCAGACAACACAUUGCCCAACGAACUUCACUGUUAUGAUGUGGACUCUCAGACCUGGGAGGUUAUCCAUGCAAGUCCAGAUAGUGAGUUGCCCACUGGAAGGCUUUUCCAUGCUGCAGCAGUUAUCGGUGAUGCAAUGUACAUAUUUGGUGGGACAGUGGACAAUAAUAUUAGAAGUGGAGAAAUGUAUAGAUUUCAGUUCUCUUGUUACCCAAAAUGUACGUUACAUGAUGACUAUGGGCGACUGUGGGAAACCAGGCAAUUUAGUGACUUGGAGUUUGUUCUUGGAGAGAAGGAAGAAAGGGUUCGAGGGCAUACAGCUAUUGUCACUGCUCGUUGUAAGUGGCUCAGGAAGAAAAUCACACAGGCAAGAGAGAGGUUGAAACAGAAAUCUAAACAAGACCUUGACGAGGAAGGACAGGGGACGCCUCAGAAGGAAAUGGCAGGCAGCAGUGUCAAGCUUUGCCGCCUGCAGCCUCUUUUGGAAGUGACCAUCCGGGAAGCAGAAGCUCAGCCUUUUGAAGUGCUCAUGCAGUUCCUCUAUACUGACAAAAUCAAAUAUCCACGCAAAGGGCAUGUGCAAGAUGUUCUGCUAAUCAUGGAUGUGUACAAAUUGGCCCUCAACUUCAAACUGUCCAGACUGGAACAGCUGUGUGUCCAGUACAUUGAGGCUUCAGUAGACCUGCAGAAUGUGCUUGUUGUGUGUGAGAAUGCAAACAAACUUCAGCUAGAUCAGCUAAAGGAGCAUUGCCUGAAUUUUGUGGUAAAAGAGUCACACUUCAAUCAGGUAAUAAUGAUGAAAGAAUUUGAGCACCUUUCUUCAUCCUUGAUAGUAGAAAUAGUGCGAAGAAAGCAGCAGCCUCCGCUUCGAACACAUUCUGAUCAGCCUCUUGAUAUUGGAACCUCAUUGAUUCAGGAUAUGAAAGCCUAUCUAGAAGGUGCUGGACUAGAUUUCUGUGAUAUCAUUCUACUCUUAGAUGGUCACCCAAGGCCGGCUCAUAAAGCUAUUCUUGCAGCUCGUUCCAGUUAUUUUGAAGCCAUGUUUCGCUCUUUUAUGCCAGAAGAUGGGCAAGUUAAUAUUUCAAUUGGAGAGAUGGUUCCCAGCAAACAAGCCUUUGAAUCUAUGCUGAGAUAUAUUUAUUAUGGUGAAGUGAACAUGCCUCCUGAAGACUCACUCUACCUCUUUGCUGCUCCUUAUUAUUAUGGAUUCUACAAUAAUCGACUCCAAGCAUAUUGUAAGCAGAACCUAGAAAUGAAUGUUACUGUGGAAAAUGUGCUCCAGAUCUUAGAGGCAGCUGACAAGACCCAGGCUCUGGACAUGAAGAGGCACUGCCUGCAUAUCAUUGUGCACCAGUUCACCAAGGUCUCCAAGUUGCCAAAUCUUCGGUCUCUCAGUCAGCCUCUCCUCCUUGACAUCAUAGAAUCGUUAGCAAAUCAUAUAUCAGACAAGCAGUGUGCUGAGCUUGGCUCAGAUAUCUAAGAUUUCCUAUAUUCUACCUUUAGCUCCUUUCUGUUCAAGAGACUGCACUUUCCCCACAUGUACCAACAGUCUCUUUAUUACAAUGUUAUGCUGACCUGUUGAAAAUGCAUGGAAACCUCUGAAAAUACAAUGGUGCUUCAUGGCUUUCUAAGGAUACAUUUGAAUCCAAAUCGAAUAUCAGGAAUGCAAAAAGGAAGUGAUAUGGCAGCCCUAGGCAUAUUGGGAUGACAAAUCAAGCCUGAUUAAUCAACCAAGGAGAUUUGUGUAUAUUAAUCUUGGUAAUGCCUCUUUGAACCUUUGCAACUCAGAAUGGCAUAUCUGAAUCUGAACCACCACAAGAUGGUUUUAUCACAGCACACCAAAGUUAUCUUCUUUUUCCAUCUGUGUUAUUCCUGUGCCUGGUGUGGUUCCAUUUAGCAGGAAGACUGAGACACAUACAUUGAAGAGAGACUCUUAUUGCCUGCUGGAGAUGGUUUUAGGCAAUAAUUAAUGCAGUGGAGCAGCCAAAGCUGUCUUCUGUUUUUCUAAUGGUGGAACAAGUCACAAUGUGGGGCUUUGUUUGGCAAGGUGCAUUUUUGAUUUACUGUUAAAAAUGUCUUCGUUCUCAAGGCCUGAACUUGUUUCCUUCUUACUAGAAGCAUUGGCUGAAAUCCUAUUCUUUAAUGUGGUAAGUUGCAAGUAGAGUAGGCUUGUUGAAUUGAUGGAACUUAACUCGACUCAACAAAUCACCACUGAUUCAGUGGUCUUCCUCGAGUUAUGAUUUGUUACACCAAACAACAGGGUUUCACUCAAUGAUAAUUUGGUAAGUCAGCAUUUCUGUUUGUUCCAUUGAUUAAGUGAGGUGCUCUAGUUGGAUUUGAAAUAGGAUUUAGCCCUGAUAAUUUCUAAGAUUUAACUGAUCUUCAGAAUAGCAUUUUUGUUUUGUGUCAGGGUGAAUUUGAUUAAAAUCACGAUUUAAAUUUUUAAAAGUCUGAUAUUUUUUGUGAUUUAAAUUAAGAUUUAAAUCAAAUUGAUUUUUUAAAAAAAUGAUUUUUAACCACCUUGUUUUGUGAUGUUUGAUUUGUGAUGUUUUGGGGUGGUUUUUUUUUUGCUAUAUAUCUAUAUGUAUAGUUAAAACUUGAAUAUAUUUCCUUUAAAAGUAUAGUAGCAGAGAGAUAUAAAUGCAUACUAGAUCUUAGAUCCUUAAUAUAAUCUCCUUUUCAUGUGGAAACAUGAAUGUCAGAUCUUAUACAGCUUCCAAAAUACAUGUCUAAAACAGACAAUACAGUUGUAGAGUUUAUGUGAUUUCUUCUCAUUCCGUUAGUACGAUCAUUGUGCUGCUCUUUGAAUUGAUUAGCAUGUUCAGGAAUCCAGGUUAGAUUUAGUAACAAAGGUGCAGUUAAAUAUAUUAGAUAAGAAGAAUGAACUCUAGAACACUGAUGGAGAAUUUUUGAUAGAAUGGGAAGAUUAUAAAAAUCCAGAGUUUAUUAGUGUAGUCCUGUUCUUUCACAGUUCCUUACCAACCGUUCCUAAAUUUACAUUAUUAACAUGCUGAUGUCAGAAGGUGAGAAAAACUAGAUGAGAUUAUACCUUUGAUUGGAUCAUUUCUGUAAGUAAAGUGGCAUAUAAACUCCACACUAGCAUAAACUCCCUUUUCAGUGAAGUACUUCUGAGCAACAUUUCAUUUUUUUACUAAGCUUUUUCUUAUUUUGUGACAUUCUUAUUUAUUUUGUUUAUUUUGUGAAACUUAUUUAAUAAAGGUUUUAUAGUAACUGGAAUUCCACAUCUGUGAGCUAAAUUUUGUAAUACUGUUUGUACUUGACAUGUUAGAAGAAACACAGAUUGGCUUCAAUCCUGUUGCUUAAUGUAAUACGUUGUAAUUAGACUAGUCUCAUUGAAUCAUUGAGGCUUUAGUGAGUCAACUCCUCCCAUUUGAACCAGUGGAACCUAUAGAGGAAUUGACUCACUAAGUACUCAUUGAUUCAGUGGACCUAUUGUAGUGCAAUUUACUAUACUGAGCAACAGGAUUUUCACCUGUUUGUACUCUGAUUAAGAAAAUAUACUUAGUACAUAUUUUAGGAACAAAUUUCUUAGAUGAGUUGUCCGUAUUGUCUGAAUCUUUCAUAUUUUCAUAAUAUUUUCAUAUUAUUGGAGUGGGAGGAAGAGUAUAAAUCAAGUUUGAUUUGUGUAAUAGCAGGCCUUUUCACGAGCAACUUCAUUGUAACCUUAACAACCACAGAAUGACACUACCAGUAUUUAACAGCAGACGUUCUAGUUGUCAGAUGCUUGUACCUGUGUGCUCUUAAAUCUGAGUGAUAAUAUUUUGGGGCUAAUAUUAAAGAUAGCUACUUGUUUAAAAUG